GGAGGAUGAGGAAGAAGAAGAAGAAAGAAAGAAGAGAGAAGCCAUACCAGAAGCAAACGCAUGGCAUUUAGAAAAUAACUCCACCGAGUCUAAUCUCAACAAGACAGUGGCACCAACAAAAAGCCUGGACAACUGGAUACUAGAAGAAUUACCAUCUCGGGAUGAUUUCCCCAUUCCUCAAAGGGCACGUAAAAUGCCAACGUCAGAAGUCUUCAACAUCGAUGAAAAGGAAGAAACAGAGUUUAUCAUUGAUGAGAAUGGAAACGAGCAUUUGGAGGUUCAUAAAGCAAGAAAGAAACGACAUGAUAACAAUGUUGCUGGAACAGGUAUUGAGGAAGACAACGACGAGGGCUUCUUGCACCUGCAACCAAUGGCUGCUUUCAUACCAGAGGACGAAGCCAUUAAGCUCAGACAUGAAUUCGGAAGAUUGUACACGGAGAAUCCAAUCAAAUCUAUUCCUUGGGUAGAACCAUAUUUGAUGAGAAAUUGUUGGGUACAGGCUAUGCUUUCUGAACGCAACUUAUUUUCACCAAGUUGUAAUGCAGAUGGUACUUUUGGAGCCAAGCAGUGCUACCUGGAAAGGUGUUGGUGCGUGCAGAGAGAUGGAAUGCCUCAAGUGAACGAGUUCUCGAAGAGAUUUCACUUUAACAUUAAAGGACUUUUACUUCAAUGUUACCAAAACAACCUAUGAACAUACGUAUAUAGUUAAUACACAUCGGGUGGCACAUUAAAUAAUUCAAUUCAUGAUGUCAUAAAACACAAAUUAUUAUGCAAUAUAUUUAUUGUAAUAAUUACAAAUAGAUUUAUAGUCACAAUAUCCCUAUAA